AAAUAAAUAUCAUUUAUUUCAAAUUCAUUUUGAUUUUGUAAAUAUUAAUAUUAAUAAUUUGUUUUAAAUAAAUAAGAUAAUGUCUAUAUUUUAUAAAAUAUUAAGUAUUUUCAAGUUUAUUAAAACAAUAUGGAAAUUUCUAGUCCUUAUUGUUACACCAAUUGCUUUAUUACCAUUAAUAGUAAAUGGAGCUAAUCCGGAAUCGAAAUGCGCUUAUGUAUUAAUAUUAAUGGCUAUCUAUUGGACCUUUCAACCCAUACCAUUGCCUAUAACUGCAUUAUUUCCUGUUGUAUUAUUUCCAAUGCUGGGUUUGGCUACCACUGAGGAGGCGUGUGGACCAUACCUUCAGGCAACUAAUAUGCUAUUCUUGUCGAGUCUUAUAAUAGCCAUAUCUAUGGAAAGCAGUGGAUUACAUAAAAGGGUUGCUCUCAAAGUUUUAAUGAUUGUCGGCAAUGAUAUCCGGCGUAUAUUUGCCGGCUUUAUGUUGACGACAAUGUUUUUAGGCAUUUGGAUCAUUAACACAGCGGCCACUGCUAUGAUUUUGCCCAUCGCUGAUGUCAUCAGCAAAGAAAUACUCACCGAAGAUGAAUAUAAUGAUAAUGUAAGACUUAAUACAAGUAAUAUUGAUGACUCAAUUAAUCACAACAAUAUCAGUGUUAAAUUUGACAAUGAAAUCAAUUUUGUAAAUAAAAAACUUUCAAAAAUUGGUGCCAAAAAUGAUAAAUUAAGACGAUUGUUAUAUAUUAGUAUUGCAUAUUCUGCUACUAUUGGAGGUACAACUACUUUAACAAGUAAUGGACCAAAUUUGGUGUUGAGAUUUGUAUUGGAUGAUAUAUAUAAAAGUUUACCACCAGUUGAUUACACAAAUUGGCUUUUAUUUUGCAUAACACCCACCAUAAUCACUGUUGUCGUUUUAUGGAUUAUAUUCAGAGUUUUGUAUAUGAGGGAUAAUGCAAUUUCGCAAAUAACAAAAGCGUCGAAACAUAUAAUCAAAGAGCGAUAUGAAGACUUGGGUUCCAUUAGUUUCCACGAAAGCGCCGUUUGUUUUCUUUUUGUUUCACUUAUUAUAUUAUGGAUACUAAGAGAUCCACAAUUUAUGAAUGGUUGGGCAACAGUUAUCUCUAACAAUAUUAAACCUAAAGACGCGACGGCAGCUGUUUUCAUAGUAGUGAUCAUGUUUUUCAUUCCGUCCGAUCCGAAGAACUCAUUGACGGGACCAGCUUUGCUGAGUUGGCCAAUGGUUGAAAAGAAGUUGGCCUGGGGGGUACUCCUAUUACGUGGAGGUGGAUUCUCUAUGGCCGAUGUGGCAACUAAGAGUGGUUUAACAAAGACAAUCGGUGACCAAUUAUUUCAAUUAAAUGUCUUUUCUUUAUUUGGUAUUAUCGUCAUAAUGUCAUUAUUAGCCACAAUAUUCACUGAAUUUGCCUCUAAUUCAGCGAUUGCUUCAAUAUUUUUGCCAAUUGCCGGACAAUUGGCCUCAAAUCUGAAUGUAAAUCCAUUAUUCCUAUUGAUUCCAAUCACUCUUUCGUGUUCCUAUGCAUUUGUAUUACCAGUGGGAACGCCUGCWAAUGCACUGGUAUCCAGUCAUGCAAGACUUUUACAGUCAGAUAUGAUCAUUCCCGGUAUAAUUACUAAAAUAUUAUCACUUUCAGUUAUGUUAAUAUUUUUGUGGUUAAUAGGCAUUCCUAUGUUUGAUUUAAAUGAAUUUCCCGAUUGGGCUCAAAAUAAUCAAACAAUAAAUAGUUAAAUUUG